GCGCAUGCGCGGGGCUAGAGCUACAGUCCUUGGGGGAGCACGGAGAUGGCGGCCGCCGGGGGAGCUUCGUCUGAGCCGGCGGUUUCAGAACAGCCGGCGGAGCUGUCUGCCGCGGUGCGGGCGAGCAUCGAGCGGAAGCGGCAGCGGGCGCUGAUGCUGCGCCAGGCCCGGCUGGCGGCCCGGCCUUACCCGGCGACAGCGGCUGCGGCUACCGGAGGUAUGGCUAAUGUAAAAGCAGCCCCGAAGAUAAUUGACACAAGAGGAGGCUUCAUUCUGGAAGAGGAGGAGGAAGAAGAACAUACAACUGGAAAAGUUGUUCAUCAACCAGGACCUGUAAUGGAAUUUGAUUAUGUUAUAUGUGAAGAAUGUGGUAAAGAAUUUAUGGAUUCUUAUCUAAUGAACCACUUUGAUUUGGCAACUUGUGAUAACUGCAGAGAUGCUGAUGAUAAACACAAGCUUAUAACUAAAACAGAAGCAAAACAAGAAUACCUUCUGAAAGAUUGUGAUUUAGAAAAAAGAGAACCAGCUCUUAAAUUUAUUGUGAAGAAGAAUCCUCAUCAUGCACAAUGGGGUGAUAUGAAACUCUACUUAAAAUUACAGAUUGUGAAGAGGUCUCUUGAAGUUUGGGGUAGUCAGGAAGCAUUAGAAGAAGCGAAGGAAGUUCAACAGAAAAACCGAGAAAAAAUGAAACAGAAGAAGUUUGAUAAAAAAGUAAAAGAAUUACGGCGAGCAGUAAGAAGCAGUCUAUGGAAAAAGGAGACAGUUGCUCAUCAACAUGAGUAUGGACCAGAAGAAAACCUAGAGGAUGACGUGUACCGGAAGACUUGUACUGUGUGUGGCCAUGAACUGACAUACGAGAAAAUGUGAUUUUUAGUUAAGUGAUAUGUUUUAUAGUGUGGAAAUUUAGAUUGGUCUUGUUCAAAAUUCAUCAAAACGUAAAGUCUUCAUAGAUGAAUGAAACACUUGUAUAAAUAAUGCUUAAAUAAUUAUGUAUGUUAUGGCUUAAGAACAAGUUUCAGUUAAGGUCCAGCAGGUCUGGUUGUGGGCAAAAUAUUGGGUCUGUGACCAUUUUUUCUACAAUAGGGAUGGGAGCUGAGUGAUAGGUUCAAAAAUGUUAGGUUAGAGCUAAAAUUGAGAAGCAACCAGGACAAACCCUAGAUUGAGGUAGGAGGAAGUAGUUUUGCCUUUUUAGUAGUAAAGGCAAAAACUGGCUGAACUGGAUUCUUAUCCCAAGAAACAGCAGGGAUGGUGGUAGACCACUGCACCCCAGAGGCUGGGCCAGGUCUUCUAGACUACUACUGUCUGCAAGUCAGGGAGCAGGGAGCUAUUGCUGGGACAAGUUUUCUGUACCCUUAGGGUUUACUACUAUAAAUCUUAAUAUUAGUUUCCAGAUAGCCCUUUUCAAAUCUGGAUUAAAAUGGAAAAACAGCUAUAUUGUUUGUUGAUCAAAGGUAGUGAUAAGUUUAUCAUAACUUGUUAACAUUUACUGAGCAUUUACCACCUGCCAUGCAGACACUAUGCUAAGUGCCUUACAGGUAUUCUCAUUUAAUCCUGGGAGGGAAGACAGCUUGCUGUGCUUGUUUUAACACUUCUAAAGGAGGGGUAACCUACAACCUGACAUCACCUCAGACAUCUUGAUCAAGUUUAGGUAGUCAAAUAUUCCUCUAUCUUGUCAAAAGGAUUACAAGGUAGUUAUAUCUAGUAAGAGCAUUUGAUCCCGAGUGCUUGAUUACAGGGUCUAUGCAUUCUUUUCCUGAUAAAAACAAAUACAAGUUAUGAUAAACUAGAUAUUUUCAAGUUCUUUGACAGGACUUUUUAUCCUACUGCUACAAAUAAAUAGGAAGUUUUUGUACAUUUUCAUUUCUCUCUCUAGAUCAGCUCUUGGAGAUUAUGCUUGAAGAAGGGCAAAAGUCAAAACAAGUCAAAUCCAAAGACUUGAGACUAUAAUUACUAAUUGUUCUCUAUAUAAGUAUUCAAUACAGAAAUGUUUAAUAUACUUACCGAGUGUUGAUUUUUUUUAAUGUGUUAUGCUGAAUAUUACAGCUCACUAAAAAGCGAUUCCAAAUGGGCGGCAAGAACUUCUUGGGGAAAAAAAAAAAACCUUCCCAGCAAGUAACUAGGGGUUCAGGCUGCUGACAACAGCAUUACUACUGGGAGACAAGAAGCCCUAAAACCACCACAUGGACAUAGUUUCAGAUUCCACUUACUACCUGUGGACCUUGGGUAAGUUACUCCGUGGGCCUGUUUUUAUCUAUCAGAUGGGUAUAAUAAUGUAAGGACUCUCAUGACGAUUAAAUACGGUGAAUCUAUAGCAUCUGGCACGUAACAGCCAGUUGUUAAUGAGCACAUCAUAUCAUCAGGACCAGUGUAGUUAAUAGACUUGUCCAGUUGAGGUGGGCUUCUAGUCACUCUUCACCUUCAUCAAUUUAGGACAAUCCUGGUAUCCAGUUAACAUUGACAGCCAGAUCUGCUUUUGGUUGCCAAGUUCUGUCCUCAUCUUUCAUUUUCAGGUAUAAUUGUAGAUUAGUAAGUUAAUACAAAUCACUGCUAAAUACUUUCCAGAAAAAGCAAACAAACUUCAUAUGAACUGCUUUCUGAAUAAUUCCUGGGAGAUUUAGAGUUAAGGAAAAGUAUAUGUUCACUUUGACAAAAGCAUGUUAAAUGGCAUCAGCACAGUUUAAUAGAAUAUUGAUUUAUUGCAAGGUACGACGUACAGUUACAGUGACAUGCCAUUCUUUUGUCUGUGUGAGCUUCAUUAGUGGGGAGAGCAACUGUGGAACGUUUGCUCUUGUACCUUUAUUUCUUCAAAACUCAGUCUCUGUUUCAGUUUUUUCAUAUACCUAGCUGCCAGACUGGGUCAGAGCAGGGUUACAUCAGUGAGCAACUGUUAAAAGCAACCAUUACACAUGAAGAGACGGUCCAAGAGAAAGGAGGUGAAAACCUAGGAAUUCCUCUAGGAUUUGGAUCAAGUAAGUAUAACUAGCCAAACUUUGCAAUACAUUAUGAAACGAUUACAAAGCAGUUUAGGAUCAAAGUUAACCAAAGCCUUAAAUGGUUAUCCUUUAGCUUCUUGAGGAUAGGAGCUUUUUCUAAUUAUGUAGUUUGUGGGAAGGAGGAACAGUGUAAACAAAAGAACAUUUAGCAAAGAACCUGGGUUUCAGUUCCCUUUCUGCCAGUAACUUGCCAUGCAACCUUAAUCCUGUGACUAUUUGUUAAAUGGUACGGUAUUUAAAAAUCCUAGGAAUUUCCAUCUAUUGAGUAGACUAUAUUCUGUAGCCACUAAAUGUUAUGAUAAACCAAAGAGACCCCAUAUAUUAAUAUGGAAAAUACCUAAUGCAUCAUAAACUUAUGAUGUACUAAGCUAAAAAAAAGAUUGUACAGAUGCACAAAGAUACUUACAGUUGUGAGAUUACUGGUAAAUUUUUCUGAAGAUUUAAUGAAAAAAGUCUAAAAAUGCUAGGAUUUGGAAUGUCAGAUAAUCCCUUGUGUGUUAUUUAAUUAACAGUGUACUUUUACCAUCUUAAUUAAGCCUCAACACCAUAUAGGAAACAGGCUCUGGAAUUAGUAAUUACUUGGCCCACCCAGACUCCACAGAAAUAAAAUCCAAACCUACAUCUAAUGCCAAGUAUAGUUUUAGCCAAUCUAGCUACUUCUAAAUCCCACUUUAGCAUGUAAUUCACUGUAUGACCUGACAGAUGUCUCAGAUUUGAGGAAAUGACCAGAUGUUCUAAGAUGAUGAUAGUUCAAAACUUAUCUGCACAUUGGAAUUACCCGGGAGCUUUAAGAACUACCAAUGUCUGUGUUCCACCCCCAGAGAGUGUGGUUUAAUUUAAAAAAAAAAAAAACUUUAGAAGAG